AGCCAUCAGGGGGAGGGACAUGUGCAAACACAAAAGCCUGAUGGUGCUGCCAUAAGUGACAGAAAACAACGGAGACGCUAAAGGAGCAGUUUUGUGCCUGAGCUGCAGCCAUGAGGAAAGCGGACCGGCUGUAGGAGAGGCAACCGAUGUAAUUUUAUGUUCAGCUCUUCAUCUGACAGAAGGGUUGGACUUGUGAAGAAGACGGCUUGAUAGACGGGCUUCAGUGGUGUACAUCAAGGAGAUAAACUUAAUCAAUGAAGACACCUGGCAUGGCUGUAUUCAAGCAACAUAAUGUGGAUGAUUUCUAUGAAAUUGGAGAAGAACUUGGAAGUGGGCAGUUUGCUAUUGUCAAACGCUGCAUAGAGAAGAGCACAGGCGUUGAAUAUGCAGCCAAGUUCAUCAAGAAGCGCCAGAGUCGGGCCAGCAGACGUGGUGUAAGAAGAGAGGAGAUUGAGAGGGAAGUGGACAUCCUUCAGCAGCUCCAGCACGACAACAUUGUAGAACUGCAUGAUGUGUAUGAGAACCGCACAGACGUGGUGCUCAUCCUUGAACUGGUGUCUGGAGGAGAGCUGUUUGAUUUCUUGGCUCAGAAGGAGUCUCUCAGUGAAGAGGAGGCCACUCGGUUUAUCAAACAGAUCCUAGAUGGAGUCCAGUACCUCCACUCCAAGAGGAUUGCACAUUUUGAUCUGAAGCCUGAAAACAUAAUGCUGCUGGACAGGAAUGUUCCUCUACCCCGCAUCAAACUAAUAGACUUUGGACUUGCACACAAAAUAGAAGCUGGAGCAGAUUUCAAAAACAUUUUUGGAACCCCUGAAUUUGUUGCUCCAGAGAUAGUCAACUAUGAGCAACUGGGAUUGGAGGCAGACAUGUGGAGCAUUGGAGUCAUCACAUAUAUACUUUUGAGCGGCGCGUCACCUUUCCUUGGAGACACAAAACAGGAAACGCUGGGAAACAUUUCUGGGGUGAAUUACGAGUUUGACGAAGAGCUCUUUAGCAAUACAAGUGAGCUGGCCAAGAGCUUCAUUAGUCAGCUCCUGGAGAAAGACACAAGAAAACGGAUGACCAUACAAGACGCCCUCAACCAUCACUGGAUUACGUCCUGUGGCCCGAUGGAAGAGGAUUGCGCUGCCCGUGAGGUUGAGAAGAAAGCAGAGCAGCUGAAGACGAAACGUCUAAAGGAGUACACCAUCCAGUCCCACUCCAGCAUGCCCCAGAACAACACGUAUGCCAACUUUGAGCGUUUUGCCCAUGUGGUGGAGGACGUCAGUCUGAUGGAGACAGGUCUGUCAGAGGUGGCAGAGGCCCGACACACUCUGCAGGUUGACAUAGAAGCACUGCUCUCUAUCUACAACGACAAGGAGGCCUGGUACAAAGAGGAGAAUGAGACUGCGAGGAAGCAGCUGUCCCAGGUCCGGUACGAGUUACGCAAAGUGGAGGCCACAAGGGGCCUGCUGCAGGAGGACAUGAAGUCUAUAAAUGCCAGUCUGGAGAGCAUCAGUGGGAAGUACGGCCAGAGGCAGAGUCAGCUGGACGCUCUGAGGCAGGAGCUGAACUCUGAACUGCAGUGGUUGCAGGACGUGAUGAACUCUCUGCAUCCACAAGGAACCAACGGCAGCAUGCACAGCAGCAGUCUGAGUACAGACGUAAGGCAGCCUCUGAAGGAGCUUCUUCAUCCGUCCUGCAGGAGGGAACUUUGCCCCGAGGCCAAACAGCCACUCACAGAGUCCGGCUAACAUGUACAAAUGAAAACAUAUUUUAAUUGACCUUAAAAUGUCAUGUUUUUCGAAAAUGUUUUCGAAAAUUCUACAAAUUGUUUUCAGCUGCACAAACCUUUGAAUGUGUAUCUGUGUAGUUUUUAUGUUUUCUUUACUUAACAUUUUUUUGAGAAUUAAAGUAAACAGUACGAAUGAGAAUUUGAGGUAAAUUUGAGGAAAUCUAUUACUGAGAGUAAGAUGAGAAGAUUGAUAGCCCUCUCAUAUCUGUACGGUUAAUAUAAUGCCACAGGUAGGAGACGAUUAGCUUUGCUUAGCAUGAAGACUGGGCGAUAUACGAAGGUAACAAAAUAUCUUCCUAACAGCACCUCUAGAGCUCACUGUUACAUUUAGUUUAAAACUGAUUUGUAAAAAAGGCAAUUGUGGUUUUACGGGAUAGUGACUGACACCAACACAUAUGUCCCCCAUAAAUAUCAACUUGUCAUUUUUACACUUUCUUUUUUGUUCUGAUUAAAUAAAUGAUAUGUAACAUGUAUAUUAGUGAGCUGCGAAAGUACUGGUAGACAGUAAUUUUUUUUGGAAAGUAUUAAUAGUGAAGAUAAAUAUCAGUUAUGAAUAUUUUUUUUGUGUUUUGAGUAGAAGAAGACAGGAUCAAACAGCAGUUCUUUUCAAUGGAAUGUAUCAGAAGUCCACUUUUUUUAUUGAUUUGUUUUUUCAUUCCAUUCUAUUUCUAAGAUUUUAUAUUGAUUAAAAUGUGCACUUUUACCAAAGGUUAAAAUUAUUUAUGGUAUUUUCUUUUUUUUUAAGAAUUAUUUCUUUCUUGGAGAUGUUUGUGAGCUGACAGGAAAACAACAUUGAUGAAAAGACCACCUGUGUUUUAAAUGUGUCACCUCUUUAUCUGUAUUUUUAGCAUUUAACAGAUAUCCCUGUACAUGCCUCUCACUUUUGGGCCUUUAAAAUGUACACUGAUAUUUUUCACUGUUAUCUAAACACUGAAAUAAAUGUUCAUCAUUUAAUAUGUAUCCCGUUUACAAAUUCUUGUGAUUUGCCAUCAGAGAUUUCAAUAUAUUUCCUAUAUGCUUAUAUACUCCUCAUAUUCCUAUAUACUUCCUAUUUUGUACCUCGGAUUACACUGU